AUGUCUACAUAUGAAGAGGAACACAACAUUACACGCACACAACCUGUGCAGGACGACUCCCAACGACGAGGCAGACACCAUGAAACAUUGAGUGGCAUUAUCGACUCGUUUAUCCACUCUCAUCAAACCUAUCACGACCACAAUAGUGACGCAGUACCCUCAUUCGAAGAUCGAUUCACCGAAUCUACAACCUCACUUGAAUCUAUAUCGGCUGCAUUGAAUCAAUUGCGAAGCUUGGAUAAUUCUGACCUUGCUGAUUCGUUGUUGAAUAUAUUGGACUCAAAUCCUAAACAAAAGGGAGUCAAUGCCGAAUUUCUCGACACUUUAGAACGAGUACCUGUUUCUCAAUUAUCAGAUGAUGAGUUUUGUCCAAUAUGCACCAACAAAUUCAAGGAUGACAAAUAUCCCUUAAUUGUCAAAUUACCCUGUGGAGUUAAAAACUCAAAACAUUAUUUUGAUUUGGAAUGCAUCGGACCGUGGCUAAUGACAAAUUCAACGUGUCCAAUGUGUAGAACGAAUGUCUUGGAAGUUGAAGAAAAUCGAAGGAAACGGAUUGAAGAAGAAAUUAGAAAAGCUAGAGAGGAUGACUCUGAAGAAGACGCCGAAGAAAGAUGGGAUGCCUAUGGUUAA